AUGGAGUCGAGAAAGCCGUCGUCGUCGACCACUGGGUUCUUCCAAGCUCUCCCCGUCGUACCGCCGCAAUACACGGCUUCUUCUUCUUCGGGCCACGAAGCAUCGGAUGAUGUAGCUUUAUCGCGAGCCUUGUCCCUCUACCUUCCUGACCCUUUACCGACGCCUCUCCGGAACCAUUUCCAUGACUUUGCCCGGCUGGUCCUCGACGCCUCGACGCUCCAACACACGAUUGACUGUGAUACUGACCUACCCACACUCCACCCACUGACCACCUUCGGCGAGGAGAAUAAAGCAACCCCCCUCCGCACAAGCGAGGGAUGGCGCGCCCUGAAGAAGAUUCAAACGCGUGCCGGCAUCGUCGGGUACGGUUAUCCUCAGCCCUCAACAACCAUCAAGCAAAUCUUCAACCGGAGAGUUCAUGAGUUCGGCACCCUCCACCUCUGGCACGGGACAUGUGCCGUGACCACCUGCCCUACGGCCAUGACUGACGGGGCCGCCGUGCUGUUGCGUCGACACUUUGAUGAUCCGGACCGAGACCAGCCCGGUCGCGCCGCCGUGUUCCGCGAAAGCCACCGCCGCCUGGUCUCCCUGGACCCGGCGUAUUCCUGGACCAGUGGGCAAUGGAUGACCGAACGAAGCGGUGGCAGUGACGUGCGAGGCACCGAGACUGUCGCGCGCCGCAUGACCGCUCAAGAAAUACAAACCGACGUCGACCGCGGCCGAGACAGAGACGCACAUGGUCUCCCGCUCGGACCUUGGCUUGUGGACGGGUUCAAAUGGUUCUCCUCCGCGACCGAUGCCGACAUGGCCGUUCUGCUGGCCCAGACAAGCAAAGGACUGAGUGCAUUCUACGCUCCUCUUCGCCGAAGUACCGGCCGUAAUAAUACCACCCAGUCUCUGUCGACCGAAACCAAUGGCGUGCGCAUCCAGCGGCUGAAGAACAAACUCGGCACAAAAGGCGUACCGACCGCCGAGCUCGAGCUGAAGGGCAUGCGCGCCUACCUCAUCGGCGAAGAGAACCAAGGUAUAAGGGAAAUCAGCUUCAUCCUAAACAUCACACGACUAUGGACGGCGAGUGGCGGUGCGGGCUACUUGGCACGGGGACUGGCGGUGAGUCGCGCGUACACGCUCGUCCGAAAAGUGAGAGACGGACAACUCUUGCGGGACAACGCGCAGCAUCUGGCCUGGAUGGCCGGUGAAAGCGUCAAGUAUCGCGCCAACACGCACUUGGUCUUGUUCGGCGUCGCGCUCCUGGGCGCCACGGAACAAGACUACGACGUCGUUACACAACGCACCCGCGGCGCGGCGGUCCUCAUCCCCCGCUCAAGGGUAAAACAAGAGAUGCUCCUCCGCCUGCUCACGCCCGUGAUGAAAGCGCAGGUCACCCUGAACAGCGUCUCGGGCUUGAGAGCCUGUAUGGAAUCGCUGGGUGGCGUGGGCUACUGCGAGAACAACGAGGAUGGUGGGGUCCUGAACAUCGCCCGCUUGUUCCGGGACAGCGUGGUGGGCACCAUCUGGGAGGGCACGACGAGCGUCAUGGCCGAGGACGUGUUGCGGGUGGUGAAGAAUCCCAAGACGCAAAGGACCGGCCAAGACGUCCUCGACGAGGUCUUCGGAGACUGGGUGCGGAAUGUGCUGGGCGCGAUCAAAAGCGCCGCCGCCGCUGCCAGCAGUGGUCAUCUGCACAAAGCACGUGGAUUCGCUGCCGAAUGCGACAUGACCGCGAAUCGCUACAAGGCGCUUCACCAUCUGGUCCGGUCGGGCGACUCGCUGGGCCUGCAACGCUGCGGCAGGGACAUCCUCGACCACAUCGAGGCCGUCGCGUGCGCUUGUCUGCUCAUGUUUGAUGCCACCGUAGAUGGAGACGAGGUCGCUACCGAGGUCGCAAGGCGCUGGGUCAGGAUGAACGCUUUGCCUGCCGAUCGGCUGCAGUUUCAGGGCGAAGGGAUCCCGAGUGAUAGUGCCAAAGAAAUCGAGAUGGACAGGAGGAUCUUUCUCGGGUCCGCGGCAGAAUCUCCUGAGGCGACCAUCCAAGCCAGACUUUGA